AUGUUCAAGAACAGCUUUAGUGCAUCUAAAAGACGCUUGGCCAGUGUGGCCACGGAGCAGCUGCUGCCCAAGAAGUACGGCGGCCGUUACACAGUGACCCUGAUUCCAGGAGACGGUGUGGGCAAAGAAGUGACUGACUCGGUGGUGUCGAUCUUCAAGUCGGAAAACGUGCCUGUGGACUGGGAAAGCAUCGAGAUCUCCGGUCUAGAAAACCAAGAGGGUGUGCAGAAGGCCGUGGACUCGCUCAAGAGAAACAAGGUUGGCCUAAAGGGUAUCUGGCACACUCCCGUGGACCAGACUGGCCACGGGUCGCUCAACGUUGCGUUCCGCAAACAACUCGACAUCUUCGCCAAUGUGGCACUAUUCAAGAGCGUUCCCGGUGUCAAGACACGCCACUCCAAUGUAGACUUGGUCGUCAUCAGAGAAAACACCGAGGGUGAGUACUCCGGCCUGGAGCACGAGUCCGUGCCAGGCGUGGUCGAGUCUCUCAAAAUAAUGACCAAAGCCAAAUCCGAGCGCAUUGGCCGUUUUGCCUUCGACUUUGCCUUGAAGAACAACAGAAAAUCUGUGUGUGCCGUCCACAAGGCCAACAUCAUGAAGUUGGGUGACGGUUUGUUCAGAAACUGCAUCAACGAAGUUGGUGCCAAGGAGUACCCUGAAGUUGAGGUGAAAAACAUCAUUGUCGACAACGCGUCCAUGCAGGCCGCCGCCAAGCCCCAGCAGUUCGACGUUCUCGUCACGCCAAACUUGUACGGUUCUAUUCUAGGAAACAUCGGUGCUGCCCUAAUCGGUGGUCCAGGUUUGGUUCCAGGUGCCAACUUUGGUAGAGAAUUCGCCGUCUUCGAGCCAGGUUCCAGACAUGUGGGUUUGGACAUCAAGGGUCAGAACGUUGCGAACCCAACUGCCAUGAUCUUGUCCUCGACCUUGAUGUUGAGACAUCUUGGCUUGAACGCUUACGCCGACCGUAUUUCCAAGGCCACCUAUGAUGUUAUUGCUGAGGCCAAAUCCACCACCAAGGACAUUGGUGGAUCCGCCUCCACCACUGAGUUUACCAAUGCAGUCAUCGCCAAAUUGAAGGCUCUUUAA